AUGAGCGGACUGGAGAAUUUAAAGACCGUUCAGGAGGAAUCUGCGGAGUUGGUCUCCUCCAGCGCUCACAGAACUAUGGCCGACAAUCGGGACCCGGAGCUGAAGCAGCGCAGAACCGCAGACAGCGCCUUGAGAGACGACUCUGAUGCUGGUCUAGGAUGCUGCGGAUGGCUUCUGGUCAUUGUAUCAUUUUUCUUUACCCUUCUCACAUUUCCCAUCUCCAUAUGGAUGUGUAUAAAGAUUGUGAAAGAGUAUGAGAGGGCGAUCAUUUUCCGUCUGGGCCGUAUUUUUCCUGGCGGCGCAAAGGGUCCAGGUCUCUUCUUUGUGCUUCCUUGCACCGAUAGCUUCAUUAAGGUGGAUAUGAGGACCAUCUCCUUCGACAUCCCCCCACAAGAGAUUUUGACUAAAGACUCGGUGACUGUCAGUGUGGAUGGCGUCGUCUAUUACCGAGUACAGAACGCCACCUUGGCUGUAGCAAACAUCACAAAUGCAGAUUCGGCCACCCGACUCCUAGCGCAGACCACUCUGCGCAAUGUCCUGGGCACAAAGAACCUGUCGCAGAUCUUAUCGGACAGGGAGGAGAUCGCACAUAACAUGCAGUCCACACUGGAUGUUGCCACUGAUGAUUGGGGUAUCAAAGUGGAGCGUGUGGAGAUCAAGGAUGUCAAAUUGCCAGUUCAACUUCAGCGGGCGAUGGCAGCAGAGGCUGAGGCUACCAGGGAGGCAAGAGCUAAGGUGAUCGCGGCAGAGGGCGAGAUGAACGCUUCCCGAGCGCUUAAAGAAGCUUCCAUAGUCAUCUCAGAGUCUCCAGCCGCCUUGCAGCUCAGAUAUCUCCAGACACUGACCACCAUCGCUGCGGAAAAGAAUUCCACCAUCAUCUUCCCACUGCCCAUCGACAUGCUGCAGGGGAUGAUGAGUGGAAGGAAGUAGCUAAAUCCCCAGAGUUUAGAAAAAAAAAAACCUAUCAAUGCAUUAGUGUGUUGCCUAUAAUCUCACAAUGCCUAUAAAAGCCUUGUAUUGUUUUUAUUUUUUUAAUUUAGCUUUUGCCCUGUGAAGU